UAGUUACCAUCACAGCAGGGUGUGUCUGUGCGUGAACAGAGAUCAUGGACAGUGCCCCAGAUGCCAAACCCCCUUCACCUGAGAUCCUUGAGCUCUUACCUCCCCCUGAGUUCACAGACGGAGAGUUCUUCCAUGUGUUUGUGAGCUACAGCAGCUCUGACCUUCACUGGACACAUGCUCUGAUCCAGCAGCUGGAGGACAGCGGUCUGAAGGUGUGCUAUCAUGAAAGGGACUUUACUCCAGGACGUUCCAUCCUGGAGAACAUGUCCGACUGCAUCCAGCAGAGUCAGAAGGUUCUGCUGGUCCUGAGUCAGGAGUUUGUGAGCAGCCGCUGGUGUCUGCUGGAGGCCAACAUGUCCAUGUUCAGAGACUGUCUGCAGAGGAAGCCCAUAGUGCCAGUGCUUCUGCAGAAUGACCUGCCCAUCCCUCUGCACCUCAGUCACCUCACCUACCUGGAGGUCACCCGCCCCGACUUCAGCCAGGAGCUGCUCCGAGUUCUGUGCACCCCCAACCACCAACUCCAGAACUCCACUGUGGUGCCGUACCAGCGACCAAACAUCUACAAUGGCAAAGUUCUUCAGCCAUUUAAAGCUAUUGAUGAGAAUGUAAAUAUCUUUAACUGUGGAGAGUGGAGCACACUAGUUCCAGACCAACUACGUCUGAUCAUUAAAGACCAAGCUCUUUACAGGGAGGCCAUAAAUAUAAUCAACAGAGUAAACAAGGAAAAAGUCAGACUCAAACUUUCCAAUAUGGCAUUUGUUGGUAUAGGGCUACUUUUAGGGCUCGACCUCACAAUUUGUGCCUUGUCCUUAACUUUUAGUAUUCUUGACAUAGCUAACAAUAGAGUAGGAGUAAUAACUCUUUUAGAGGGUCUUGUUGUUGUUAUUUUUUCGAUAGUGACUUGGAGAUUAGUAAAGUUUCUGUACAAUAAACCCUAUCGCAUUGUGGAGGAGCUGGAGAAAGCUGCAUGUGAAGCAAACACUCUGCUGUAUCAGGAACACAUCCUAAUGGGGGUUUUGAGCAAUAAAGAACUCUCUCUUGUGUAUGUGUCACUAGAGGCCUGCAGACAACAGCUCAGACACCAGUUCCCUGAGGAAGAUGAUGUUUUAUGCGGAGCCCUACGAAGAUUCUCUUCUUAUUAUGCUUAUUAUCUUUCUAAAGGGUACUUUCCAUUUGAACCCUUUGACGCUGGUCAUUUGGAGGACACUCUCUGUUUCUGUCAGUAUGUGCCACAUGGAAAUCAUAAGGUGAAGUUAUCCAAAGUGACCUGGGACUAACUGAAAAAGUUGAAAGUAUCAUACAGAUGACUUGUUUUUGUUGUUCAAUAAAACAUAUAUAUUUUUA